AAGCAGUGCCCGUGGAGCAGCCGUCUAAAGGGGCUGACAGAGUUAGCGGGAAACCGGUGUUAAAGGAGACAAGCUGAUUAUAAAUAACAACCCCUGACAUUUAUUGUAUUUAUUUUUAUGACAAAUUUUAUUCGUCGUCUGUCAACUUAAAGUUGCCGUGCUUUAACAGAGGCUGUGUCAAAUUGGAAUUUGUGCUGAAUCAAUCCUCUGCUUUUAUGCUAACAUCUGGCUCGACUACCGAAACGGCUAGCAAGAACGUCGUGCUUCUUACACAGGAAGACAACAGAAAACGCUGCUGAUAAGGAGGAGACAAAAGGCAAAUUUUCUUGGUGACGAAAAAUAGCUGAAAUUAAUAAGUAUGUUCAAUUUGGACCGUUUUCGUUAUGAGAAGACGGGGACGAGCAAAGAAAAACAGAGCGGUUCGAAUAGUCCUGAGUCUGAAAAGGAGAACAAACCAGCAAAGCCUGUCAGACCUGCCAAAACCCAUCAAAAGUCCAAUCCACGAGGAGUUGUUUUUGAAGAUGUCAUUUCUUUGGACUCAGACGAGGAGGUUCUUUCUGAACCAAACACCAAAACAUCUGCAGCCAAGAAAGUCAAGAGUUCUGUGCAAAAGUCAUCCAAAAAUGAGGAUCAUACAAGUGAUGAAGAUGUGAUGGACGACAAAAUGACCCGAUUAGUGGAGAUGUUUCCUCAGCUGUCAAGAGUUGAUUUAUUGGAGGUGAUUAGCAGCACAUGCACGUUGGAUGGGGCUGUAGCUCUUUGCUUGUCAAGGUUUGGGGAUGAAAAAGGUAAAUCUCACAAGAGAAAACAAGAUUCUUCAAGUUUGUCUGAGGACCACGGAAAGGAUCAACCAAACAAAAGGAGGAGGUCGUCGGCGGAUUCCAAUGAAGCAGAAAACAGCCAAAGGAAUGAACCCAACUGGGAAAAGCAGGAAGCCAUGGUCGGAAAGCUCCAGAAAAGGUUUCCUGAUCAGGACAAAGAGGAGCUGCGGAUGGUGCUGCAGGAGCACGAUUGGGAUGUGGAGGAGGCUCUGCAGGUUCUGGAGAUGUUCUCAGACACAGAUAUGUCUAGUUUUGAGUCAGAAAGUAAAAUGACUUCAAGCAAAGAAAAAACAACAAAUGAUGAAGAGAUGAAGCAGAACAACAACAAAAUGACAAACGGGGAGGAACCUGAAGGCCUCAUCAGUUGCAUCAGUGAAACAGAGGAGAGCGAUUCAGACGCCACGGAGGACAGCGAUGAAGAGAACGACCCCAAGAACCGCAAAAGCUCAGAAAGCAGCAUUAAACUCGGCCCUGUUUUUACAUGGCUUUCCACAAAGUCCGAGUCAGUAUCUUCUGAAAAGGAAAUAAAAACCUCUUCCUCUCCAAAGCCAUCAUCCACCUCUUCAGAGACGAAGACCGUGCCUAGAUUUACCAGUGAGAGCAGUAUAGCAAAGAAACAAGUUGCAGAGAGAAAGUCAAAAGCCCAUUCCUCAAAUGAACCAAUUAGCUCUGAGGAUGAGUUGGACGAUGAAGACGAUGUGGCGUCGAGCGAGUUUGGGGAUUCAGAUGAGGACCUGGAUGCCAGCGAAGGCUUGACAGAAACAAAAAAGGAGAUUCUCCGGUUUUUCAAAGAUGCAUCUAUAGACGAGCUCACACUCAUCUCAGGUUGUUCUGUCAAAAAAGCCCAGAAGAUUGUUGAGAUGAGGCCUUUUGACAGCUGGGACAUGCUGUGCGAUGUGUUUAAUAAAGAAAACGGGCUUUCAGAAGCCUUGCUGCUGGGCUGCAAGGUCGUCCUCAAAGAGCGGAAGGUUGUCCUUGGGCUCAUGUCCAAGUGUGAGACCAUUUCUAAAAGAAUGGUCAAGCAGGUCACAGAGGUGAUGGAGAAUGGAACAGGCUCCUUGAAUCAACCCGCUGUGCUCAAUAACCAGUCCAAGCUUAAGCCGUAUCAGCUGAUCGGUCUGAAAUGGCUUCUGCUUCUCCAUGAGCAUGAACUAAGUGCCAUCCUCGCUGAUGAAAUGGGUUUGGGGAAAACUAUCCAGGCUAUUGCGUUUUUGGCCAAACUUUUUGAGAACGGAAUAGAAGGUCCUCACCUCAUCGUCGUGCCUUCCUCCACACUGGACAACUGGGUUAGAGAGCUGAAACUGUGGUGUCCAAGCCUUGAAGUUCUCAUUUACUAUGGAUCAGUGGAUGAGCGCCGCUACCUCAAACAUGAAAUCCUCAACAAUUAUGUGCAGUUCAACGUCAUUGUUACAACGUAUAAUUUAGCCAUUGGAAACGAUAGCGACCGGGGUCUUUUCCGGAAGCUUCCUCUGGUUUAUGCUGUGUUCGAUGAGGGCCACAUGCUGAAGAACAUGAACUCUUUACGCUACCGUCACCUCAUGUCCAUCAAUGCUAAGCAUCGCCUGCUGCUGACAGGAACUCCUUUACAGAACAACCUGCUGGAACUGAUGUCCCUCCUCAACUUCAUCAUGCCCUCUAUGUUUUCUAGCUCUACGUCACAACUCUCCAAAAUGUUUUCUAUGAAAUCCCACGAGGACCAAAGUCGUUUUGAGAGGGAUCGUAUUUCUCAGGCCAAACGGAUCAUGAAACCUUUCAUCCUGCGAAGAGUCAAGAGUGAGGUCCUUCAGCAGCUUCCUUCCAAAGAAGAGAAGGUCGAGUUCUGCCCAAUGAGUGAGAAGCAGAUCCCCCUCUACCAGAACCUCUUUAAGAAGCUGAAGACGGCCGCCGUCGGAGAGAAGCGAGAGCUGUGCAAUGUAAUGAUGCAGCUGAGGAAGAUGGCCAACCACCCGCUGCUUCACAGACAGUACUACACCAAGGAAAAGCUCCAAGCCAUGAGCAAACUCAUGCUGAAGGAGCCAACACACUUUGAUGCAGAUCCCGCUUUGAUUCAGGAGGACAUGGAAGUGAUGUCCGACUUUGAGCUGCACCGUCUGUGUCAGCAGUUCUCCUCCAUUAGUUCUUAUCAGCUGGAUAUUGACCUGGUGCUGGACUCUGGGAAAUUCCAUCACCUCACAAAGCUGCUGGCUACACUCAAAAGCAAGGGAGACAAGGUGGUUUUGUUCAGUCAGUUCACCAUGAUGCUGGACAUCGUUGAGGUGCUGCUGAAAAAUCUUAAGCAUCGUUACGUCCGGCUGGAUGGAUCCACACCCAUGGCUGAUCGGAUUGUACUGAUAGAUGAGUACAACACGGACCCCGACAUAUUUGUGUUCCUGUUGUCAACCCGUGCCGGUGGCCUCGGCAUCAACCUAACAUCAGCCAACGUGGUCAUCCUGCAUGACAUCGACUGCAAUCCGUACAACGACAAACAGGCAGAAGACCGGUGUCACCGCGUUGGUCAGACCAGAACUGUACAGGUGAUAAAGCUGAUCAGUAAAGACACCAUAGAGGACUGCAUCCUGCAGUUGGGCCAAAAGAAACUAAAGCUAGAGCAAGACAUGACUGCUGCUGAAGAAGGUUCAGAGGGAACCAUACCUGAAGACAUGGCAUCUUUGCUCAAAGCCUCUCUGGGUCUGUGAUCCGCAAACACGUCACACGUCUAAGCGUAUUAAAGCCCUUUUCUAUACAUUUGUGAUUUUGGACGGACUUGAGUGUUGUGUGUCUGGACUCCUGCUGCCAUCAGUAGAACCUGGAGUAUGGUGGCAUUGAUUUUUACAUGCUCCGAGUUUGUGCUUUUCACCUGCUAGACUGAUUGCGUAUUGGCCCUUCCAGCUGCACAGCUGAGCCAUGAAAACCGUUUCUUUUCUUGUUACCUUGGAGCUGAUGAUGCUGAUGGUCUGCAGAAGUGUAAGUAUAAGCAGCACUUGCAAGGUUUUACCUCUACAUACUUAAGUAAACACUUUAUUAUACACCUGAACAGUGGUAGAGGACAGGUGUGUGAAAGUUUCCUUAACUUCACACAACUUUGUUACAAUGUUUCCAUGGUAACAUCCCAGAAUAAAUAGGUAAAUGUGAUUAUCUCAGACAGUGGCUGUUAUCAACGUUUUCAGCAAACCUAAAAUGAACUUAAUAUUCUCUUAGUUUGUCAGUGAGUGCUGCACACACCGUGUAUUGAAUUUGUGAGGGGAAGAAUGCCUAACGGUAUUUGUUUCAAAUUGAAAAAUUGUGAAAGACUGUAUUCCAUUAAAGUUUUUCCGAAUGUUUGCAACAUUUAAAGUUACUUGCAUGUGUUAGGUUUAUUUUUGCAUCACCACUGAAUGUAGAGAAUUGCUAAAAACACAAACUACUAUCCCAAAAAGUCAGCAAAAAAUUGUGCAACAUAUUGCCUAAAAAUAUAUAUUUCUGGAUGCUUUUAAUAACCAAAGCUGGUUGAUCAUUUCUGAAUCUGAACAUAUUUGAUUUAGGUGUGGUCAAACUCGCUCCAGUUCAAAUGUGUUCGACUUUUCCUGCAGAUAAAAUAAAAAAAAAACAUUUUUAAAAAGUCCUUUCAAAGGACGGCGGCGCAUUUAGUUUAACAGUGAGCUGUUGGAUCAAUGUACUGUAUGAAGGGCCAAUAUGUUUCAAGCUGUGUUUCUGUAAGUUUUUACAAGUAUUUUUGUGUAAUCCUGAAGUUGUUCAUGUUCUUUGUAUAUUUUUCAGGUACAUGUUUAACUUGAAUAAUAAAUAUUGAAAUAAA